AUGGACGUCGACCGUCUCCAAAGACUUGCGAGCGCUGUGCGCACCGGUGGCAAAGGAUCUAUGCGACGCAAGAAAAAGGUCGCGCACAAGACCGUUUCCGCUAGUGACUCGAAGUUGCAAAACUGCCUCAAGCGCAUGCAGGUCAACGCUGUCAAUGGUAUCCAAGAAGUCAACAUCUUUCAAGGAGACAACGUAAUCCAGUUUGCGAAUCCGAAAGUGCAAGCAUCUGCGUUGGCAAACACAACAGUUGUGAGCGGGCCAUCUCAAACUAAAGCACUUCAAGACAUUCUUCCGGGCGUUUUCAACCAACUUGGUCCCGAAAACAUUGCCAACUUGAAGAAAAUGGCAGAACAGUACUCCCAAGAAGAAAGUGGGUAA